AUGUCAGCAGACGGCAGUCAACAGAACGCAUCCCUUCUACAGGAUAUUCCUGAACAUUUGUUGUGCAUUGUGUUUGAAUUUCUCUUGGGCUGGAAAGAGACCCAAAUAGAUCGGGAUGAAGAACUUAGAAUCAGUACUGUGCGAAACGCCCGCUUAACAUGUUGGUAUUUCAAUGAGCUAGCAUCACCAUACCUAUUACCGGUCCUCACAAUCAACCUGAACCCUCAAUCUAUCAACCAUGCAACAGAGAUUUCGUCGCAUGAAUUGAUUGCAUCUGGUAUACAUCAACUCCGAAUAUCUCUGUCUUAUUAUCCCCAGUUGCUGGCAAACAGCUUCCGCUUCUUCGUCAUGUUCCAGAUGCAUUCCCUCCGCAGCGUGAGUACAUGGCUAGGAAGAACGCAGCAGGAUAUUUCCUCCAUUCCCGAAGACUUAGAGGCUGCAAUGGCGAAGCUGGAAUCGAGGCCGGAGAACUCACGGCUUAUAUCAACCGCUGGAGAUGCCGAUUUUACGCUCUUGAACGUGCUAGAGCAGAGCCAUGACGUUUUCCGACAGCGUCAUCAAGAGCAGGCGGCGGUAGUGAAGGAUAAUUUCCUCUCGCAAGUUGAAUCCAUCAGUCGUCGGGCUCGACACAUUGACACCCUAAAUAUUGUCCAGGAGGCUUAUCCCAUUGCUUUAUCGCUCGGUCAACAGUUUAUGCAGCGUGAGUAUCAUCAGCGAAGACUUGACGAAGACGCAGAGAUGCUUGAAUCUGUGAAACGAUUCUUCCAACGGCCACUCUCCUGGCCGGAUGUCCAGUGCUGGGCUCACCAGUGGUACUCUCAGUGCUCAUUACGCGUGGAAUUGCCGGCGACAGAGAUACCGUGGGAAGCGCCUAUAGCCAUAUAUCAGGCAGGCCGAAAACUUCGUCGUCUAUGGCUGAACUGCUUCCUCCUUUCCUGCGAAAUGCACGAAUCAUUCAAAAGUUUUGUUCGAGAGUCCGUUAUGCUGGCCAGAAUACGUAGCCUUCGUACCGCUUGUCAGUAUAUUGAAGAAUUCUGCAUCGUCCGCCCAGGUUGUUGGGGGCCCAUGGAUGCUUAUAGUUCUUACAGAGAUGGAGAAACGUACAUCAGUGAACACGUUCUUUCUAUUAUCUCUGGCAAGCGGUUGCAAAAGCUCAUCAUCAGGAUGCAUCCGAAAAAGAGCCCGCCUUGGAAUGAUAGGUAUACCAUAGGUUCAACUUUGCACAAGAGGGACUGUUCCACACUCACAUGCAUAUUCCUCGAACAUCUUUUCUUUUGCAGAACCACCUUGAGGGACAUUUGUAUGGAGUUGGGCGGCUGCUUGAGGGAGUUCUGCCUCAGUUUCAUUAUGCUAAUGUAUGAUGAAGAUGGUGAUAGCGAUGGCCACGGUUGGCGUGAAAUUUUUGACAUCUUACGUGAAAAGUUGUCAACUUGUGGCACCACUGCGACUGAUGGCCGAGUCACAUUAGCUGAAUUAAAGGGUCUAGAGUUUGACGAAAUUACAGAAUACGAUGGCAUCGAUGACAUAUAUCAACGGUGCACAGAUUACGUUUGUGGGAUAGGGAAUGGCAAGAAUCCGCUUGACCAGGCUGAGGAUGCGAUUGAGGAUGCGACUGAAGGAGAGACUGAAGAUGAGAUAAGAGAUGGUACAGAAAAUGGGACAGAAGAUGCUUGA